AUAGUAAUCACAAACACGAAGAGACUCGGCAGGGCGAAACUGUCGCAAAUGUUCGCUAGCAGACGACACUAGGCCGAUUAGCGGGACUGUCUCUUGCCAACUGCCAACGGAAAGGACAGCGAUUCUGAAACUAGUUUCAGUAAUACACCCUGCGUGUUUAGCAGAGUCUGUAGAGAAUAUAUAUAUAUAGUUUUAUUUUGGAGACGACGAUGUCUGCCUUCGUAGAUGAGGCAUUUGUUGGUGUAGGACAGGAAGUAGGUCUGGUCAUAUGGAGAAUCGAGAAAUUGAAGGUUGUGGUCCAAGACAAAAGCACACACGGAGAAUUCUUCUCAGGCGAUUCAUAUAUUGUCCUAAAUACGAAAAAGGCACCAAGAUCCAGUAAGUUAGAAUGGGAUGUUCAUUUCUGGCUUGGAUCAAGUACAUCCCAGGACGAGAAGGGUGUUGCGGCGUACAAGACAGUUGAACUAGACGAUUAUUUAGGAGGAGCACCAGUCCAACAUAGAGAGGUACAAGAACAUGAAUCAAAACUAUUUCAGUCAUAUUUCAAGUGUAUCAAAUAUUUAGAAGGCGGGGUAGACUCGGGCUUUAAGAAGGUGGAGAGAGACAAAUACGAAACUCGACUCCUUCAUGUGAAGGGCAAACGAAACAUACGAGUUAAACAGGUAAAGUGUCACUACACCUCGCUGAAUCAAGGGGAUGUGUUUGUGUUGGACGCUGGUCUCCAGAUCUUCGUGUGGUGCGGUCCGGCAAGCAGCAAGUGGGAACAGGUUAAGGGUGGUGAGGUGGCGAGAAGCAUCAAUGAUGAAGAACGAGGAGGUCGGGCUACUGUGACGACAAUCGAUACCAAGUGGGAUUCGGACAGAAAGUUUUUCCAGGCUCUGGGUUCAGAGGGGCAGAUUGCCGCAGCAGACGUUGGUGGUGACGACAGAGAGUUUGAAAGAAUCUCACAGGAGCAGGUCAAACUGUUCAGGGUAUCAGACGACUCCGGUGUAUUAGAAGUUAACGAAGUUUCUGGGAAACCCUUAAACCGUGAACAUUUGGAAUCCGAGGACUGCUUCAUCCUCGAUUCCGGACCGAGUGGUAUUUACGUCUGGGUCGGCAAGAAAUGCACAAAGAACGAGAAAAAAUCAGCCUGGCAAAAUGCAAUCGAUUUCUUAUCACUGAGAGGUUACCCGGAGUGGACCCCAGUGACGUCACUAGUGGAGGGUGCAGAAACCCCCCUGUUCAAGCAGUAUUUCUCCUCCUGGGUCAAUCCCAACGCUCAGGUCGGGCUUGGGACGCCGGUCAAAACCGAGCGAGUUGCAAAGUACAGCGAUGAAAAGUUCGACGCAAAUGAGUUACACAGGAGAACGAACAUCAAGAAAGAAAACUUGCCUGAUGAUGGAAAUGGAGAAAAGAGGAUCUGGCGGAUCGAGGACAGGGACAUGAUUCCUGUUAAACAGGAUUCCUAUGGGAUCUUCUAUGGCGGCGACUGUUACAUCAUCCAGUACACGUACAUGGUCAACAACAAAGAACAUUACAUUGUCUACUAUUGGCAGGGAACAAAGAGCACUACAGAUGAGAUAGCGGCGUCCGCCAUACUCGCACAGAGACUGGACGACCACGUCUUACACGGAAUGGCCACACAGAUUCGUGUGACUCAGGGGAGAGAACCAGAACAUUUUCUACGGAUGUUUCAAGGAACUAUGGUUAUCCUGAUGGGCGGUAUUAACAACAAAAUCAUAGAAUCAGACAGCAAACUGUAUCACAUUCGUGGCACAAAUGCCGUCAAUACAAGGGCUAUAGAGGUACCUGCUAGGGCGGCCUCCCUUAAUUCAAAUGACGUGUUUGUUGUGGACAGUAGCGAAGGUGUUUUUUUCUGGAUCGGCAAGGGAGCAAGUGAUGAAGAAAAGCGAGUUGCACGAAACCUACAAGAGAUUCUCUGCCCAGACAAGCCGGCAACUGAGAUAUAUGAAGGGACGGAACCAACGCAGUUCUGGGCGGUGUUGGGUGGCCAAGAACCAUAUGCCACAGGAAAGAGACUUGAGGUUGAAGAAAAUGACAUGCCAUCGCGCCUGUUCCAGUGUUCGAAUGCUUCCGGUAGAUUCUUGGUGGAAGAAAUUGUUGAUUUUAGUCAAGAGGAUCUUGUUGAAGAUGACGUCAUGCUGUUAGACACUUUCGAUGAGAUAUUUGUAUGGGUAGGAAAGGGUGCAAAUGAAAUAGAAAAGAAAGAAAGUUUAACGACUGCAAUGGAAUACCUGAAGACGGACCCCGCAGGACGUUCAGUCGACACAACGUUAAUAAUGCAAGUGAAACAAGGAUUCGAACCCCCAAACUUUACCGGACACUUCCAUGCAUGGGAUCCUGAGAGGUGGAGUCAUGGCAAGUCAUAUGAGGAGAUCAAGAAGGAACACGCCGAUGAGAAUGUUGGUGUUACAAGUGUUCAAGAGGAACUUUCGUAUUACAACAAAACCUACAGCUAUGAAGAACUGCGCCAGAAGCUACCACCAAAGGGCGUCGACGCAACUUGCAAGGAGAAGUACCUGAGCGAUGAAGAGUUUGAGAAAGUAUUCAACAUGACAAAAUCAGAGUUUUACAAAAAACCGAAAUGGAAGCAGAUACAGAUGCGGAAGAAAACCGGAUUGUUUUAAAAACUGGAUUCUUUGAUGGAACGGAUUAUGAUUAUUUUCCAAAAAUAUAUAACUCACAUUGGAAAAAACCCAGAUUGAAUGUAUUGACCACGUUCUGAUUGAAAUCACUUGACGUCUGGCCACUUGUAAUAAACUGCCAUUAAUGCGAAACACCGUUGAACACUGCCAGUCUGGAGCCUAUUACGUAUUUGUAGCAUCAUCAGCGUUUUACAUUGACGUAUGAAAAAAUAUAACCAGGCGCGUGUGCAUGGAAUUUUACGGGGGGGGGGGGGGCAAGGGGGGCAGGGAGUAGACUGUGACGAGCGAAGGCUUUUCAAAGGGUUGGGUCAUGUUCCCUAGAAAAAUACAUUAAAAAAAGAAAAUGUCCUUGGAACAGGCGGUCGACUCCCAAUCCACCCACCCCUGAAAAGCGCCUGAUAUCAUGUUUAAUAACUACCAAAGUGGCGAACAAAGAAAUUUAUGCAUUCGAAUUUAGACCAGAGUUGUUGGAAAUAAAAUAAGUAUAUAAAUAAUUGUGGCUUUGGGCACCAUGAAAGAUUAUAUUAGAAACCUGAAACCAAAGGGCACGUAAACCGGUAAAACUCCAGAACCAAUAGCUAAGUGUUUUCAUGCUUAUGUCCAAUUAAGGUUCAAGCGCGCUGUCCUGGGCACACACACCUCAGCUAUCUGGGCUGUCUGUCCAGGACAGAGGGUUAGUUGUUAUAGUGGUUUGUGAAAUAGAAGAAAGUGUAAUGGUCUUACACCUACGCAUUGAGUCGUUAAAACUCACUUUGGGUGGGAGCGCCUAUCUGGGCUGCGAACCCAGUACCUACCAGCCUUAUGUCAGAUGGCUUAACCACGACACCACCGAGGUCGGUUGCCAAGUUUCUUGUAACUCUGUCUCUAUAUUGAGACAUAAUAGCAUGUGGACUCAUCCUUUCUUGUAACUCUGUCCCUAUAUUGAGACAUAAUAACGUGGACUCAUCCUUGCCAGAAUCAACAACGAGAUGAUCAUAUUUAAAAGCUAUAAUCAUCUACUAAAGCUACAUGUCAAAUAGACUACAGUAUGCUUGAUAACAAAAUAUAAAAAUAAUUAUUACAUAAUACGGAAGCCUAUAAGGGACAUGAUUUGAUAAAAAUAUAAAAAUAAUUCUUACAUAAUACGGAAGGAUAUAAGGGACAUAAUUUAUUAAAAUAUAUAAGCUCUUUUUAACUCGCUUCCAUAUCAAAUUAUGCAGCUUUUUGGUCAUUUUGUUCCAUUGCUUCAAGAGUUUGUAUGUUUUAAUGUUUUUAUUUAUCCUUUAUGUGUUAUGUAUAUAUUGCGUACGUUCAUUUUGUAUAUUGUAAUUACUAAUAGUCUCUCAUAAUACCUGUAAGGAAUGCCUUAUAUACUUUUAUAUUGUAUUUUAAAUUACAUUUUACUAUUGUGUGCAUAAAGUGAGAAAUAAAAUACUAGUAUCAGUCUCUCUCCCCCUCCCCCUCCCCCCCCCCCCCCCCCCCUCUCCUCUCUCUCUCUCUCUCUCUCUCUCUCUCUCUCUCUCUCUCUCUCUCUCUCUCUCUCUCUCUCUCUCUGUAUGAAUGAUUAGUAAGCUGUUUUUAUUUGUGUUGUUCACUUUCUCAAUAUAUUAUUGUGAUGGUAAAAGAAACUACACGUAUGUCAGCUCAUCCCAACGAAGAUUUUUAUAAAUCAAAAAGACAUUGCGUUUGUCCAAACUUUUAACCAUUUCCAUCUUUGUAAACUGCAGCUGUAACAGUACAUAAUCUCACUGCAAAAUCUAAUUGUCUGUCGUUUUUGUGUGUGAGUGGCUAUCAGUCUCUCUGUCUGUCUGUCUGUCUGUCUGUUUGUUGCAUAUGCAUCAUUGACAGAUUUUAAGUUAUUGUUAAUAACAUGCCCUGGGUUGAGAGAACAAAGGCUCCUGUCCACGUAAGAUUCAGGGCCCCGUUUUACGAAGCGAUCUUAACGCUAAGAUUACCGUAAGUACAUACAAUAGCUAUGUAUUUAAGGUGGUCUUAGCGCUAAAAUUGCUUUGUAAAACGGGACCCUGGUCCGUUUGUUUACAGCUCGUGUUCAGAGGUGCCGAAAAUCUUACCAGUCUAAUUUGCUAAUAUAUCUUCUAUUUGAUUAUAAUGGCAUGAUGUAACCACGAGUAGAAAAUGAACACGUAUAAGAGUUUAAUUUGUACGGAAGCGUAUUCAUGCUAUUAACUUCUGUUACGUAGAAACGUUCUUCUAUUUUUCAUUUUGCACUAAUGUGACUCCGUGGUUUGGAAUUAAACGGCUUACUAAUGUGUGUAAUGAUCAAAUCAAGUAGUUUUUAUCUCUCAUUCCCUCUCUCUUUCUUUCUCUCAUUCUCUCUAUCUAUCUCUCUCUCUCUCUCUCUCUCUCUCUCUCUCUCUCUCUCUCUCUCUCUCUCUCUCUCUCUCUCUCUCUCUCUCUCUCUCUCUCUCUCUCUAUCUCGCUCAUACACAUCCUCACUCAAUUCACUUCACUUUCACCUUUUUCAGGACGAGUGCAAAUACACGUUAUACAUUAUACCAGUACCAAUGAGAUUGUGUUUUAUCUUCUGUGUUUUUGUGUAUGGCUACAUAAUAUUCACUUCAUAUGAACUUGUAUAUCCAACUUAAUUACUAAUUCAAUUAAAAUGUUAGUUAACUUA